CCUUCUCAGCUAGCUAUGAAUGUCUUUCAGAUUCGAACCUGCGUCCUUCUAGCUCUGGCCGGCUCGGCGCUAGCUGGCUACAUCGGCCACGGUUAUGGUCUCGGCUACGGGAUCAGCCAUUUCGGCGUCCAACACGGCAUCGGCUACUCCGGCCUGACAGGCUUCGCGCACAGUAUCGGCUACGCUCCAGUCAUAGCAUCUGGCUACUCGCUCAUUCCAGCGUUCCCUGCCGCCGUACCUGUUCCUACCUACGCCGCCGCCCCAGUAGUGGCUGCGGUGCCUGCCGUCACCCGUGUCGCCGCCGUCCAUGCCGCUCCAGCUGCCGUUGCUCCGAUUGCCUCAGCUCCAGUCGUAGCCGCCGCUCCAGCCACAGUGACCAAGGUGGCCGCCACAUACCACGCCGUACCACAUGUUGCUGCAGUUGCCGCUCCAGUUGUCACAGCCGCUCCAGUUGUUGCCCCUGCUGUAGCAGCAGUCCACCAUACUGCCCCAGCUGUCACCACCGUCACACACGGCGCACCAAACUACGGCUAUGGCAUCGGAGGCCUUGGAUACGGUGUAGGGAACCUAGGCUACGGUCACGGACUCGGCGUGUAUGGCCUCAACUACGGCUACGGUCUUGGUACGUCGUUGGACUUCAAUACCCUUCUCAGGAAGAAGAAAUAAGGAACCUCGGUUCGUUUUGUACAUACUGCCGCCUUCCUGAAGACCUGCGAGCUGCCAUAGCACUUUUUACCCACGUGGGAUUCUUGUCAAUGUUGGAUCAAAUAAAUGGAUCUACUUGCUAUGG